AGCCAUAGGUUAAACUCUCAUUUCAAAGGUUCCUUACAAAAAUGUUCAAUCAUAGGAACAGAACCGAACCCUAAAAAUGUGACUAACAAGAUUAAAUUUAUGAGGGUGUCGUGAUGUAAGACAAGAUCUAAGGCAAUUUUCAAGGCAAGAAAACGCUGCACAUGAGCUUGUUUACUAACGUAACGUAGGAAAAAUCGCGGCAGUUAGCAGCGGCUGGUAUCUACAAUUGAAUAAAGCUCAAUUAUUGAAAAUGACCACGGCAGCAAGGCCCACUUUUGAUCCGGCUAGAGGUGGACAAGGACGCGGCGAAAAGGAUUUGAGCGCUAUAUCUCGACAGUACUCCAGUAGAGAUCUGCCUGGACAUACGAAAUUAAAAUACAGACACCGAGGACAAGGCACCACUGAAGAGUUACGAUCAAGGGAUUUUCGCAAAGAACUAGACGAUAGAGAAAAAGAAAUUAAAGGCCCGAGCACAAGAAGGCUAAAUGAACCAUCCGCAAAGAGAGCCAAAGUGGAUCAAGUACCCGCUGCAAUUUUGGAUGCGGAUGAUCCCCUUGAAGGAGAUACUUCAGAAUCGGAUGAUUCCGAUGAUGACACUGCGGCAUUAUUAGAGGAAUUGAACAAAAUAAAAAAAGAGCGAGCAACAGAACAGGCAAAGAAGGAAGCUGAAAAGAAACGAGAAGAGGAGAGAAUACGAAUGGAAAACGUUUUUUCUGGGAAUCCUCUGUUGAAUUACUCGGGAGCAGAACAAAAAAAUUAUAUGAAGGUGAAAAGAAGAUGGGAUGGUGAUGUCGUUUUCAAAAACUGUGCUCGUUCUGAGCCACAAAAGAAAGGCAACACAUUUAUCAAUGACUCACUUAGGUCAGAAUUUCAUAAAAAAACCAUGGAAAAAUAUGUUAAAUAAUGAUAGUGUUAUUGAUUUUUUUGAGCUCUUAAUCUGUGAUUAGUCUGCUACUUUUAGCAGACGAUAAUCUAUUUGUUACAUUUUAAAACAAAAAAAAAAAAUGUUGUUUUCUUAUCAGCACAGUAUAAUAUUUUUCCAUGAUUUGUUAUAGUGAGCCAACAAAAACUGUACGAAAUCAGUAUUAAACAAGCAUUCUAUACAAUGCCUAUGUAUGGCUAUGUAUUAAAGGGCCCUAAGGCCGAUGUCUCAUUAGGUUAGGUGUUAUGUAUAAAUAUCAAUUUUAAUGAACGCUUUGUAUUUUUUUAUUUUUAUAUAUGUAAUUAUGUCUUCAUAUUACCCCUUUGUUUUAUAACAUCUUAGAUUAGAAGGGAGCGAAGCCCCGUGCAGAAUUUUGUUUAAAAUAAUAAUAGUAUUAAUUAUCGUUUAUGUAAUUAUUUGUAUAAAUUUUUUUUAUGAACCUACUUGUAUGGUUUU